UUUUGAUUUUGCCUGUUUUGGGUUGAUCUUUCAUUGCUCACCUCUGCAAAUGUGGUCCUCCCGUUUGGGUAUGACCAUUGUUGGUCUUGCAUUACCGGUGAUCGUUCUCGCUAUUUUGGUAUAUACCUGGUACGCUUACGUGUUUGAAGUCUGCGUGUCCACCCUCAUGUACAACGAACCCCAUCGAUUACCACAAUUAGUUGUGUUCCUGGUCUUUGGAUGUUUCUUUUGGUUGCUGAGUAUUUUAUCGUACUUUCGCGUUCUGUUUUCUUGCCCAGGAAGUCCAGUCAAGGAAUUACCUCCCUGCCCCAUAUCAAAUCAACAUACUGCCACAUCCGACCCUUCCCAAUUGCCGAGGUAUUGUUUCUCCCCCAGUUUGUUUGAUCUAUCCCGAAUGCGAGCCGUUCCGCUAGUGUCCAAGACGUCGAUUAUGUCACCAGCUGUUUCGACGAGUCAGCCCAAUGGUCGUCCUCGUUACUGCAAUAUAUGCGACUGUCUGAAGCCCGAUCGGUCUCACCAUUGCAAAGACUGCAACAAAUGCAUAUUGAAAAUGGAUCAUCAUUGUCCAUGGAUCAACGGUUGUGUAGGCCACGGAAAUUAUAAAUUCUUUUUAUUAUUUGUCCUUUACACGGCAAUCUAUGCAUUAUGGGUGCUAGCGACUACCAUACCAGUGGCAGUACGAGCCAUGACAGUCGAGAAUGUAGAACUCAAUGUCCAUUGGAUUGUUCUGGUCGUUCUUGCGGCUGUUUUUGGAUUGAUGUUAACGGGAUUUGCGGUCAUGCAUGGUUACUAUGUUUACUACAACAGAACGACCAUUGAGAGUUUAGCUACGCGGCCGCAGAUUGUGCGUAUUGACUUUGACGCCAGUGGCAGCAAUUUUGAAGUAAUCUCGCUUGUCCCUGAAGAACGCAUUUAUGAUCUUGGUCCUCGUGCUAAUUGGCAGGCUGUGAUGGGGAAACAGGUCUAUGGAUGGUUCAUACCCUUGUAUGGCGGUAUCGGUGACGGAUGUAUAUACCCUUAUAGCCCUCGUUCUUACAAAACUAUUGUGGACUCGGCUAUCUAUCAGCGAGCUUCAAGAGCAGCCAAUCCGAAUCGAUCCAAUCCGAGUCAAUCCAAUCCACCUGUUCAUACGAUACCACACACCUCAACCACGAAAAGAGACAACCCAGAUAUCACAAUUACACAUGAACCGGACCAUUUGUAGCGCUUGGUUGCCCAGUUAAUUGUUCUGCGGACAUUAUGUGACGACUGAGACUGUCUUGGCUGUAGAUCAUGAAAAAAAAAGCAAUAUUUCCGUAAUUUCAGGUCAUGAAGUCCACUGGGAUUGUGAUCCAUCCAUAGGGCGUAGUGUAUACAUGAUAGACGCCCUGCCGAUUUAUUCAUUAGUGAAUAUUACUCAAGCUGGUCCUGCUAUUUUUUUUAAUUUCUUUUCUUUGUGGGGAUCAUGCAGAUUCAUCAGCAAC